GGAUACAGUCGGAUAUCCUGUGUGGGUGUUUUACUCUAAUCUACAUCGUUUUGCAUACCUAGGCGAAAUAUAUAAACGUUUCACCAUACGCCCCCGUGGCUUGGCAUUUAAUUAGAUCCCCGGGGUGCGGAUCAUUUUGCACCGUGUCUGCGUGCAAGCGAAACCGGCUGUUUUUUUUUGCUCCCGGAGCCCUGGCCGCGGUCCUCGCGCGACUUCACUUCUGCACCGGCGGCGCGGGAGGAAAAUCGAGCCCGCAGUCCAGCUGCUGCAGCUGGGCUAAAUUGUUCUGCACGACUCCGACAGGCGACAAUCUAAGCGCUGCAGCCGUCGACAAGCAGAGUGUAAUGUUUUGGUCGAUGUGUGAGUCGCUGUGGGAAUGAGACUGCGUGGCAGGGAUUUGGAGGAUUCCACUGUCUCCUGGAUACCAAGCGUCCUGGGUGUGCAGAGCGUCAGGCUCCGCCUUCGCCUCGAUCGCCGUGACGACAGGGGGAGAGGCCUUUGGCAACUGGUUGACCUGGGAGAGGAAGCGCAGAGUGGGUGUCGGAUACGAGACAGGACGCCUCCUACUUGUUCUCAAAGUCUGAUGAGUAUACCUGCUGCUGCAUCAGUUCAGUCAGGGGGUGGAGAGAUGCAAUCACCUGGGGCCAUUAGCCCCUCCUUCCUCCCGCCCCCAAGUGGAAAAGUUCCAGGUCGCAAGAGGGGUCGCCCACCCCUAAAGAGGCACCCAGAAUAUCAGAGUCGUUACCCAGAAUCCCUCCCACCCAUUAAAGUGCCUAAGAAGAGAGGGAGGAAGCCUGGCUUUAAGCUGAAGUCUCGCUUGAUGACACCCCUAGCCAUCUCUCCUCCCAGCAGCACCCCGGAGCCAGACAUGAGUUCAAUUCCCCAGGACGCUGCUACUAUCCCCCACUCAGCCACCCCACAGGUCCUCACAGUGUGUAUCUACGUGAAUAAGCAUGUGAACACGGGUCCUAACCUGGACAGGCAGAAGGUGCUGCAGCUGCCCGAUCACCUGGGUCCUGCCAGGCCCUCUGUGGUGCUGCAGCAGGCAGUACAGGGCUGCAUUGACAGCGCGUUUCAGCAGAAAGCCGUCUUCACCCUGCUUACUGAGGGCUACGGGGGAGAAAAGAUCUCAGCCACCUUUGAUGGUAAGCAGCAUUUGUUGAGUUUGCCAGUGGUCAACAGCGUGGGCUACGUCCUACGCUUCCUCAAGAAGUUGUGCCGAAGCCUGUUGUGUGAGAACCUCUUCAGUGACCAGCCUAUCGCCCCUUCAUCGUCUCCCUCCUCCUCUUCUUCAUUCCACACUGAAAAGCACUCAGACGGACAGCCCAAGUCAAACUCCAUGGUGGACGAUUACCAUGGCGAUUCAAUGGACCCCAAGCGCUAUUCGGUUGACCCCAGUGACUCUGCCUAUGGUUCGAUGUCCUCACCGUAUACGGCGAGUAAACCUGCGUACGGUUUUCGUUCUGCCACUGCCUACUCUGGAGGUGUGUGCAGGCAGGCAGCCAGUCCCAGCACAUUCCAGGAAGGAAACAGAAGUGCCUACAGUCCAUCCCCAGAGGGAGGGGAGGCAAAGCCCCCACCCAGUAAGGAUCCCUCCAGGUGGAGCGUGGAUGAGGUGGUGUGGUUUAUCAAGGAUGCAGACCCUCAAGCGCUGGGCCCUCACGUGGAUCUCUUCAGAAAACAUGAGAUUGAUGGGGAUGCUCUUCUUCUCCUGAAGAGUGACAUGAUCAUGAAGUACCUGGGACUCAAACUGGGCCCGGCUCUCAAGCUCUGCUACCACAUCGACAAGCUAAAACAGAACAAAUACUGACCUGUCUCUGCACCCUACAAACACACACAGAUGGAUCCACUCACAGUAUUUACUGUCACACUCAUUUGUUGUAGUACAGGAUUUUGUCCUCCCGCCCCCCCACACACUCUGGUCAUUUAAGGACAAGUACCAGACCUUUUUUUUUUUUACUUGCGUGGUUCGUCUGCCUGUAUAUUGGGACAUUUUACUGACCAGAACAUUUCCUUGUUCUAAUUUUAAGUCUACAAGCGUUUUAUUGAUUACUUGAUACUGAACACUGCUCUAAUCAAAUGGCGAGUCAUCUCAGCUGCUUUCUGGGAUUUGAGUCAUUUGUCCUCAAGCCAGAGUUAUGCAGAUGAGUUAUAAGUGUAAAUCAUGCUUUUUCAAAUGGGCGUCAUGACAAACAUUAAGUCACAGUCAAAUGAGCUCCAAUUUUUUCAGAGCCAUGGACUCUGUCUAAAUCCCUGUGAACUUCCGCCACCUGCUGGUGAAGUGGAGUCACUGCAACUCUGUGAUAUUUACUACCAUUGUAACCAGGAACCAUUCAGUUUUUUUUUGUUUUUUUGAGAGCUACUUCAAAGGCCGCUAACCUGGGAGGUCAGUAACA